GAGAUAGUUACCUUAUUCGACAGUGAAAGAGUAAAAAAAAUCCAGAAAGACACGCGAUUUCGAAAACGGAACGAGGACACUGCAAAUGAGAAUCUUCUCAAAUAAAUUUUUCGCCAAUGCCUGCCGCAGCCUCGUAGGCGUAGGACUCGCCACCUCCAUUUCCGCGGCCACCGUUGCUGCCUCCAAUUCCGCCGUAUCUUCUUCUUCUCCUUCUUCUCCUUCUUCUCCUCAUUCUUCUUCUCCUUCUCCUUCUUCUUCUCCUUCUCCUUCUCAUUCUUCUUCUUAUUCCACCGCUACCUCCGCCGCGUCUUCUCCUUCUCAUUCCGCCACCGUCACUUCCGCCUCUUCUUCCGAUGCCGGCGAUUAUUCGUCCUUUUAUUAUUCUUCGUCCGAUGGCGAAACGACAGAGCGCGAGCUUCUGAAAACGAGGCUCUGCAUCAUCGGAAGCGGUCCGGCGGCUCACACAGCCGCCAUAUACGCCGGACGCGCCGAGCUGAAGCCGGUACUCUUCGAAGGCUGGAUGGCAAAUGACGUCGCUCCCGGCGGUCAGCUUACCACCACCACCGACGUCGAGAACUUUCCGGGGUUCCCUGAAGGCAUAUUGGGCGGCGAGCUCAUGGACCGCUGCCGCAAGCAGUCGCAGCGCUUCGGCGCUGAGAUCGUCGAGGAGACCGUAACGAGUGUGGACUUCUCCCGACGGCCAUUUUGGAUUUUCACCGAUUCCACCAUCGUCGAGGCCGAUUCCGUCAUAGUAGCCACCGGCGCCGUCGCGAAACGUCUGAAUUUCGACGGCGCUGGUGACGGCCCCAACGGGUUCUGGAACCGUGGGAUAUCGGCAUGCGCCGUGUGUGAUGGCGCUUUGCCGUUAUUCCGGAAUAGGCCGCUGGCGGUGAUUGGUGGCGGCGAUUCGGCAAUGGAGGAAGCCACCUUUCUCACCAAAUUUGGUUCCAAAGUGUAUAUAAUUCAUAGGAGGGAUAAGUUUAGGGCUUCUAAGAUUAUGCAAGGGAAGGUGUUGAGUAAUCCCAAAAUUGAGGUGCUGUGGAAUUCAGUGGUGGUUGGAGCUUAUGGGGAUGAUAAGGGGAGGGUUCUUGGAGGGAUUAAGGUGAAGAAUGUGGUGACUGGGGUUGUGUCUGAUUUGAUGGUGUCUGGUUUGUUCUUUGCAGUUGGGCAUGAGCCUGCUACACAGUUCUUGAAUGGUCAACUUGAAUUGGAUUCUGAUGGGUACAUUGUGACUAAGCCAGGUACCACAAAGACCAAUGUUGAUGGAGUUUUUGCUGCUGGUGAUGUUCAGGAUAAGAAGUAUAGGCAAGCUAUUACGGCCGCUGGCACAGGGUGUAUGGCAGCCUUGGAGGCAGAACAUUACUUGCUAGGGAGUUCAUAGGAGGGUAAGAGUGGUUGACUCGCCACGUUUUACCCGGAGCUCAGAAGAUGCUUCAUUAGAUGCAAUGUUCUUAAUUCAUGUAAGAAAG